AACUUACAACCGCAACCACAGUCAAUUAUUUUCCGUCAAAGCAAUUGUUUAAUUUUUCCUCAAAAUUAUUUAAAAUAGUACAUACAUACAAUUUCUUUUAAUUAAAAUGAAAAAUGUUUCAAUGAGUGAGACGGUUUGACCUUGUGUUUUGUUCAAUUUUAUUGCGAUUUACUUUUACUGACCACAGAGAAGAUUGAAAUUAUUGAAAUUGUAUUUUGUAUAGUCGUCUUUUGUUGCGCCACAAGUGAAAGUACGAGUACGUUUUAUAAGCUCCAAAAGUAACAAGCUAAACCCAAAUAGAAGUUAACCGAGAAAAAUUCAGGAUGGCCAUUUUAGUGCCAGUACUCGUUGGUUUAUUCGUUGCCCUGGUAUCAUAUUGGUGGAUACAGCUAGAAAAAAGAAGAAAUAAAAUGAAAUGGCUGCCAGAAGCUCCACGAGUACCGCUUUUAGGAAAUGUUCUAGAACUUAGAGAUUCUACAGAAAUCCUGAAAGUAUUUAUGAAAUAUUGCGAAAAAUAUGACGGUCUAUUUACUAUCGAGUUAAUCACAGCAAAAUUUAUAGUGGCUUCAAAUCCGGAAUUUUUAGAGUUCCUAUUGGGAAAAAUGGAUAUCUUGGAUAAAUCGUAUGAAUACAAAUUUUUAUCAAAUUGGUUAGGCAGUGGAUUACUUACAGCAGAUGCUGAAAUCUGGAAGAAAUCAAGAAAAAUGUUAACGCCAUCGUUUCAUUUUUCUAUUUUAGAAAAUUUUAUUGAAACUUUUAAUUCUAAUGCCGAUAUUUUAAAAGAAAUAUUGAGUGAAAAAGCUGAUGCAGAGACCUUUGAUGUAUUCCCGUAUGCUGCGAUGAGUGCUUUAGACAUAAUUUCUGAAACUACUAUGGGAGUAUCAAUAAACGCACAAAGAAAUCCUAAAUCAGACUACAUCAAUGCAGUAAAAGAAAAAUGCCGUAUCCUAAUUGAACGUAUAUAUUCUCCUAUAAAAAAGUUUGAUUUGACAUUCCCCUUGACCAACGAUUACUACGCCGACUUAAAUCACGUGAAAACUUUGCAUGACCACACUUUGAAAAUCAUUAAUAAACGAAAGCAAGAACUGAAGAGCAAUGUUAAAAAGGAAACAAUGGUAAAGAACGAUGAGGAUGAAGGUAUAAAAAAGAGGAAAGUGUUUUUGGAUUUGAUGUUAGAUGCUACCAUUGAUGGACGACAACUCUCUGAUAAUGAAAUUAGGCAAGAAGUUGAUACUUUUAUGUUUGCAGGCCAUGACACAACUGCAACUUCAUUGAGUUUCACACUUUAUUGUUUAUCUACCCAUCCUGAAGUACAAAAAAGGGCAGUUGAGGAACAACAAAAAAUCUUCGGAAGCGACCGCAAUAGAUCUGCCACUCAUAGAGACUUACAGGAAAUGAAAUACUUAGAAAUGAUUAUCAAGGAAUCAUUAAGAAUGUAUCCGCCUGUGCCAUAUAUCGGAAGAAAAACUAAAAGAGAUAUAUCGUAUAAAGAUGGUAAUGUGAUACUUGCGGGUACCGGAAUACUCGUUAUUAUUUUUGCUGUCAAUAGGAACCCUAAAUAUUUCCCUGAACCCGAUAAAUUUAAUCCUAGUCGUUUUGAAGAAAAUAAGAUUUAUUCGCAGUAUGCUUAUAUACCUUUUAGUGCCGGACCCAGAAAUUGCAUAGGUCAAAAAUUUGCCAUGUUAGAAAUGAAGGUUGUGUUAUCAAAAGUAUUGAGACAUUUCGAACUAUUACCCUCCGGUCAAGAUUUGAUAUUGUCAGCGCAGACUGUACUUAAAUCGCAGAAUGGAGUAAAUAUUAAAUUAAAGAAAAGAGAUAUAUGGAACUGAAUUUACUAAUUGUACCUAUGUGUUUGCGAUUGUCAUUUUUUAUUAUUUUUUUUAUUGGUAGUUAUUAAAUUUAGUAAUAAGCAAAAUUGGAUUAGUUUUUAUUAAAACCUUUGAACUAAUAAAAUGGAAAACACUUUUACAGAAAAUUCCGCCUAUCGAAUUAUGCUAAACGACAACCGCCAUAUUCUUAUUUGGAAACGACACAAUUGCCAUAUAUUAGGUAAAAUCUCCCUCUGCAGAAGCUGCUCUGAAAAUAUAGGUCUCCACUAGGUUUUUGGGACAAAGCCGCUUGUUAAAAGAAGAACCGAAUCUGAAUUCAUAUGGGACCAGAACCAUUUCUGGGCAAUGCAAAUAGCACUAUGGAUAGAGGGUGUAACACUUAUGAAGUAUAAAGAUACCCCAGGGCCCAGGGACAACUAUUCUGAGGCAUUUAUACCCAACCCUUCAAUGAUAACGCGCCUCUGUUCAAUUCUAGGAAUUGGGCCGGAAAGAUCUAUUAAUUGAUGUUGUGUAGGUAAUCACAUGAGCCCUGCAACAAACGAAGGACUGUCGAAUCUGCAGAGCACAUUCUAAGUAUCUUCUCCGCUUUGGAAAGACUGGAUUCCAAAUCUUCAGAUUCAACCGACUGGAGCCUAAACAAGUCUCACCCUAUUCAACCAUGGUCUUUAAUCAAAAGGUGUGGCGUGUACGGUGAACUAUAAUUUAGAUAUGGGUCACAAUAAUAGAUCGAUGUCAUUCUGCUCAUUUUCAACCUAACCUAACUAUUUUUAACUUUUUGUUUAUUAUUUCACGUUUUUCUGAGGGGCAAACCCCUUAUAUGUUGAGAAACACUACCGUAUUUUAAGAAAUUCGAUCAAAUAUAAAUAGUGGAAACAAAUGCAGAUACCUAUUUAGUUGAAAAUGUUUACCAGAUAAUUCAAUGAAUAAUAUUUCUUUUUUAAUCCUUUCCCUUUUAACAUUAAUUGAAAAAGGUAACGAAACUUAGGUAUACCGACUUUAAAGAAGUCUCACCCAAUUCAACCAUGACCUUUAUCAAAAAGUAUGGAUGGUACGGUGAACUAUAAGUUAGUCAUGAGCAUCAAUAGACCCAUGUGGGUCGCAGUAGAAGGCGACGAGAUCAUCCCACUCAUUUUCAACCUAACCUAUAGAAAUCUUCUGAUCUAUAUGCAGUGUGCUAUGUUCAAGAAGCAAAAUAAUAUUACAAAAUGGCAGUUUAGUUUCAAACAUUUUUAGUUUCUUUAUAAAUCAUGUUUACUAAGAGCAUUUUUAUGAAUCCCCAAACAGACUGCCAAUUUUCUUAAUCCAGUUGAAAAUUCAUUAGGCAUAUCGAAAGGCAGAUCGUUCAAAUAUUCUGGAUUCAUGUCAAUAUGUUCUUCUUCGCAAUAAAUUGUAUUUGAGUUAUUUUUGGUUUCUUUUGCAUUUUUUUGAGUUGAAAUCAUUUCACACUUAUUUAGGGAGUUUGAAGUUAUUAUGGAUGAUUUGGGAUUGGUGGUUGAAUUAUUUUUUGAACUCAUAUUCUUUGAUUUACGCGAUUUGACCUUCUUUUUCAUUCUUCUUAGUUUUAGGUAACAAAACACAGUACAUUUGGAUUUUUUAGCCUGACGAGAGACUGAUUUCAUGACUAUGAGUGAUUUUUAAAAUGACAACGUUGGAUCCAUGACACUUAAAAGUGCCAUAAAAAAGCAGGAAGAAAGUAGACACGGAACAUUUCUUAUUUAUACUCUUCACACAGUAGUCUGUGAAGA